GACCAGGCGGUAAUCAACUCAUACCCUAAGUUUCAGUUCUCCGAGGAAGCGGCUGCUGGCGGGAAUAACGGUGGCGACGCCACCUGCUCGAUCUGCCUCUGUGAGUACAAGGAUUUGGAGAUGCUGAGGAUGAUGCCCGAAUGCCGCCACUUCUUCCACUUGUGGUGCAUCGACGCCUGGCUGAAGCUCAACGGAUCUUGCCCCGUCUGCCGGAAUUCCCCUCUCCCGAGCCCGCUCUCCAUGCCGCAGUCGGAGGUCGUUCCCCUGUCGCAGUACGCCGCAUAUCGGAGGAGGCGGAGGUGA